AUGCCCAUGUCGAUGAAGCGAAAAGUGCCGGCCAAGCUGGCCGCGCCGGUUGUCAAGCCCAGCGCAAAAAUCCCUACAAAGACUACCAUUGACGAAUCCCGAACAUUCGUGGCCACAGCCGAUGCCUUGCAAAGUUCGCAGAUAGAGGCUAUUGAAAUCUCCUCCGAUACUGACAGCGAAGAGGAUAUUUCUGAUCUGGAAGACAACGCGGAGGAAGAACAGACCAACGAAGAGACUGUCCCGAAAGCAGCAACCGCCGCUGUGGCCAAGGUUAACGGCACGAACCCCAAAGCAAACGACCACGAGCUGGAAGGCUCUGGCGGGGAGGAAGAGACAUCGCCGUCAUUCGGAGAACUGUUACGAGGCAACGAGACUAUCGACGUCCCAGCUUUACUCCAGCAAUCCGUGUCAGCCAGCACGACAGCGCAGCCCGCUCGGACAGCCAUUGUGCCGCCUUCCCACCAGUCGCUCACGACUGUCUUGACACAAGCGCUCAAAACAGACGACACCGAUCUCCUCGAAUCCUGCCUGCAUACAACCGACAUCAACACUGUUCGAAACACGAUCGAGAGGAUAGACAGCUCCCUGGCCGGCAUCCUGCUCAACAAGCUCGCCGCCCGGCUCUAUCGCCGCCCCGGCCGUGCGGGCAACCUCAUGACCUGGGUCCAGUGGACACUCAUCUCACACGGCGGCGCGCUCGCAUCACAGCCCGACGUCGUCCACAGUUUGAACGGCCUACAAAAGGUAUUGGCGGAACGCGCCAAGGGGCUCAACAGUCUCUUGGCCCUCAAAGGCAAGCUCGACAUGCUCGACUUGCAAAUGGAUCUCCGACGCAAGAUGCAACGAAACGCAGGUCUACUACACCAGGGCGAGGACGCCGAUGAGGAAGAGGAAGACGCCAUCUGGGUUGAGGGCGAAACGAGCCCCGUCGGCAGAAAAGACCUCGCCAACGGCGCCAGGUCAAGAAGAAGACGUGGCGACGGCGACGACGACGACCAAGAUAAUGAAGACUUGCCCAUGACUAACGGAGUCGGAGACUCAGAAGACGAAGAGGAGGACUCGGAUGUUGCAGAGGACGACGACAGCGAAGUCGCCGAAGAGUCAUUGGACGAGGAUGAAGUUGACCACGAAGAUGUAGACGAUUCAAUGGGUGAAGAGGAAGAAAGUGACGUCGAAGCCGCUCCGCCGUCGAAAAUGCAAAAAGUAGUCAAGUCAUUUUCAAAGAGGAAAUAG